UGUGGGCACCGGUCCGGGAUCCCGCCCUUGCUCCCGGCGGUCGGACCCGGAGCGGUCCGCUGAGCUCCCAGUUCUUCCUCCUGGUUCUUCCAGCUCCGCGUGUCUGUUGUUCUCAGCACUCCGCUAGGCUAGAAAAAGAGGAGGAACCUGUCCAAAACCCCUCAGGACAGGAACAGGAGAAGAAAUCUCAGCAUGGAAAAGCUCUGCACUGAAGGGAAGCCUGAGAGCGAAGGAAAGAUGGGAAAUGAAGAACAGCCCCGGGAUGCAGGAAGGCCAGAAGUAGCGUGUACUCUGGAAGACAAGAAAAAGUUAGAAAAUGAGGGAAAGACAGAAGCUGAGGCAAUGCUAGAGGCUGAGGGAAAGCUAGAGAGCGAGGCAGCGCUAAAAGAAGGCAAGCCAGCCAUGCAGGGAAAGCCAAGAGAAGGGAGGAAGCCGGAGAGCCUGGGAGAGCCAGGGAGCCAGGGAGAGCCAGGGAGCCAGGGAAAACCAAAGGAAGAAGGAAAGCCAGAGAGUGAGGAGGAGCCCGACAGUGAGGACAAUCCAAAGGAAGAGGGAAAGGCAGCCAGCGAAGCCAGGGCUGUAGGCAAGCGCCCGGCUGAGGGUGACAUCCCCAGGAAAGCCAAAAGGAAAACCACCAAGGGGCUAGCUCAGUGCCUGAAGGAACACAAGGAGGCCAUACAUGACAUGCAUUUGAGCAAUGAGGAGAUGAUCAGAGAAUUUGACGAGAUGGCUAGGGUGGAGGAUGAGGUGAAGAAAACCAGACAGAAAUUGGGGGGGUUUAUGUGGAUGCAAAAAAGUUUACAGGACCCCUUCCACCCCAGGGGCCCCAGGGAACUCAGGGGUGGCUGCCGGGCCCCGCAAAGGGGCUUUGAAGACAUUCCUUUCGUGUAGUGCCCCUGGUUGGCAUUUGCCAGGCCCUGUGCUUUGAACCUUAUGCUAGUCCUUUGCUUUAGGUGUCCCUCUCGAUACCCAGCUGCAGCCCUCUGUGUUUCAGUAGCAGAUUUUCAUCCUUUGCAUGGAAAAAUGUUUAUGGUGCAUUGUAAAAUUAAAACAGAAGCAGUUUGCAGAACCAUAUAUAUGGCAUGAGUCCAUUUUUGUAAAACUAUAAAAUCAUUUACCUAGAGAGCUAUGUACAGAAAAAAGUCCUGAAAGCUGUGUCCACUAAAGAAUUAGCAGUGGUCAUCUGUGGGUGAUUUUUUUUCCUGUUCUUUUUUAUUCAUCUGUAUUAUUUUCUUCCAAAAACACAGAUUACUUUUGGCAUAAAAGUAAUGAAAGAUAAAAAAUAGGAAAACAAUAUAUACCAAGCAAUCAAGAACUAUUCAGUGAGCUUAUGAAGGUAGUAGAGACACUUAAAAUUCUCGGUGUCAGGAUGUGGAGAUGCUUAGUAAAACUCAACUUCUCAAAACUAGAGGAAUCAACCUGGUGGUUAUUAUAGCUCCACUGCUGUAAGGGACAGUCUUGUCAACUGUGAAAUGGGGAUCUGCUGUCAAGAACCGUGUAGAAGAUCAAAUGAGGAUCCCAUCCAGGUUAUCAUCUUACUUUUAGUCGUCAAGUCUCCUUAGACUCCUCUUGGCUGUGACAAUUUCUCAGACUCCCUGUAUUUGAUGCCCUGACACUUUUGAGGAGUACUGGUCAGGGGGUUCUUUUCUGGACUCUUCAAUAAAUGGUUCAUAUGAAUCUUCAAUGAAUUCCCGGCUGAAAUCCUGAUCCAAAAAGUCACUGAAUUCUCCACCAGUAUGCCUCGAUCUGUGGGCCUUGUUGCAUGCAGAAGACACCACAACCCUUGGAAACAGCAUCAAGGAAGACAGUCUGCCUGCCUGUUUCCAGCACUCUGCAAGGCUAGA